AUGACUGAGACUCUUUCAACCUCUCAGCAAACUCUGGGCGGCACGGAAUAUCGUGCGCCGAUUAUCAUGCACGGCGAGAAUGUCAGUCAGAUCGUAUCCGACUCGUUUUCCGACGCCAACAACGGCAAUGUCAUGUGGCAGACACUGCUUUCCAGUCCGAAUGCCACCUCAGCCGCCAUGUGCGCUGGUAUCGCAACCUGCCCGCCAAAUGGCACACUCGCGCUACACCAGCACACUCAGCCUGAGAUGUAUUAUGUGCUUUCGGGGUCCGGCCAGGUGGAGAUCGAGGGAGUUCGACAUGAUGUCAAGGAGGGCAGCGUGCUUUGGGUGCCCGGCAAUGCCAUGCAUGGCGUCUUCUGCGGUCCAAACGAGACGCUCAAGUGGCUUUACGUCUUUCCGGAGGGUCGAUUCGAGAAUAUCCAAUACCGUUUCAAAGCCACAUAAUAUGGGAAGUCGCAUAUGGGGGAAACAGGGGCAUCAAAACGGAUUAAAAACAAGCGAGGGAGCGUUGGGACUAACCCAAGUAAUGUUGAUAGAUUUCAGUAUAUAUCCAGGUAGCGCAUCAUUUAGGAAUUCAACCAUGACAAGCAAAUUCGUUCCAUUUGGUGUUUACUACAUUGCCACUUUAGAUGAGCUGGUAACUUUGGAAUAUUCUUUCUUUCUAAACCUAUAAGUCGCAAUUGGGUAGUUUG